AUGGCGGGGCCGGGGCCCGGAGCGGCCCCUCCGCGCCUGGCGCUGGCCCUGGCGCUGCUGGCCGCGCUGCUGGCCGCCAAGUACUACCGGGACGCGGAGGCGGCGCGGCAGCAGGAGCUGGCUCUGAAGUCCUUGGGGAAUGAGGGGCUGUUCCUCUUCUCCUCCCUGGACACCAACAAGGACCUGUACCUGAGCCCAGAGGAGUUCAAACCCAUUGCUGAGAAGCUCACAGGGGUUGCUCCAGUGUCAGAGUCUGAAGAGGAGGAGACACCAGAUGCAGAUGGGGAGACUCUGUCCAUCGUGGCCAAGUUCCAGCCCCUGCUCAUGGAAACGAUGACGAAGAGCAAGGAUGGCUUCUUGGGAAUUUCCCACGUGGCUCUGUCUGGGCUCAGGAACUGGACGGCCCCAGCAGCCCCCAUGAGUGUCCUGCUUGCCAGGCAGUUCAAAGCCUUCCUCCCUCCUAAGGACAAUCUGGAUCUUGGGGAGCCCUGGUGGAUCAUUCCCAGUGAGCUGAACAUCUUCACUGGGUAUCUCUCCAACAACAGGUUUUACCCUCCGCCUCCCAAGGGCAAAGAGGUGCUCAUCCACAGGCUGCUGAGCAUGUUCCACCCGCGCCCCUUCGUCAGGACGCGCUUCGCCCCGCAGGGAGCCGUGGCCUGCCUCCAGGCCAGCAGCAGCUUCUACUACAGCGUGGCAUUCCGGAUCCACGCCGAAUUCCAGCUGAACGAGCCACCGAACUUCCCCUUCUGGUUCUCCCCGGGGCAGUUCACAGGUUACAUUGUCCUGUCCAAGGACUCCUCCCACGUCAGGGACUUCAGGCUCUUCGUUCCCAACAACAGGUCCCUGAACGUGGACAUGGAGUGGCUCUACGGGGCAAGCGAGAGCAGCAACAUGGAGGUGGACAUUGGCUACCUGCCCCAGAUGGAGCUGGAAUCCACAGGGCCCUCGGUGCCCUCCGUGAUCCACGAUGAGGACGGGAAGGUCCUGGCCAGCAGGGACCCCUCGGGGGAGCCCAUCCAGUUUGUGUUUGAGGAGAUCACCUGGCAGCAGCAGAUCCCCUGGCAGGAGGCAGCCCACAGGCUGGAGGUGGCCAUGUACCCAUUUAAGAAGGUCUCCUACCUGCCCUUCACAGAAGCCUUUGAGAGAGCACAAGCAGAGAAGAAGCUGGUGCACUCCAUCCUGCUCUGGGGGGCCCUGGAUGACCAGUCCUGCUGAGGUUCGGGGCGAACUCUCCGGGAAACCGUCCUGGAAAGUUCGCCCAUCCUCGCCCUGCUCAACGAGAGCUUCAUCAGCAGCUGGUCCCUGGUCAAGGAGCUGGAGGAGCUGCAGAGCAACAGAGAGAAUGAGCUCCACAGCAAACUGGCCAAGCUGCACCUGGAGAAAUACAACUUCCCUGUGGAGAUGAUGAUCUGCCUCCCCAACGGCACGGUGGUUCACCACAUCAAUGCCAACUAUUUCCUGGACAUUACUUCCAUGAAGCCUGAAGAUGUUGAAAGCAGCAUCUUUAGUUUCUCAACCAAUUUUGAAGACCCUUCAACUGCAACUUACCUCCAGUUCCUGAAGGAAGGGCUGCACAGAGCAGAACCUUACCUGCAGCCCUAAAAGCAGGCACUGAAUGCCCCCCUGAGAUGGCCAAAGACUCCAGAGAUCUAUUUUGGUUACAGCAAAUCCUCCUGAUCCCCGUGGCAGACGCUGAACUGCAGCAGUCCCAGCUCUGGAUCCUGGUGUGAGCUGAGUUCAGCUCCACAGCCUGCCCCUCUCACUGCAGACACAUUUCUGCAGGAGUGCAAAUACCUGAACACACUCCCAGUGCCCCUGCCUGGGUGUGCACCCACCCUCAUUGCUCUGGAGCUGCUGCAGGCCCAGAGCUGGCCUGCAGGACUUGCUGAGAGCAGGGACAGCACUGCCAUCGUGACCAAACACUCGUGCCCAGCACAGAGCCAGCAGCCCUGGGCAGUCGCUGUCCCCUGGGGCCAGCCUGGCGUCCUGGGCAGCUCUGGCUCUGACAGUGACAGUCUGUGUGACAGCACUGUGGCAGCCCUGAGCUCCUGUGGCACCUGGUGGCCUUGCUCAGGGAGGGUCUGUGCCCCGAGGGUGGCAUGGGGACAGCAAGAGUGGGCAUCAGAGGGGUGAGCUGAGGAUCAGUGUGAGCUCCCAGGCUGAAGGACACAGCAGUGAGCAGUGUCCCACCCACCCAUCCAUCCAUCCCUCCCCAGCAGCUCUGGGACCUUGUCCCCGUGUCCCCUUGGAGCUGCUGCUCUGUCCCUGUCUGCUUUGAGCUCCCAGGUUGUGAACAUGAAGUACCCUCUGGGAGUGCCCUGGGAUCCUCACCUGGCUGGGGACUGGGCAGCUCUAAAAGCCAGCAGUACAAAAAGGUAUUUUCAGGAAUUUUUUCCAAAGAGAUUGUUCAGACACGAAGCCAUCAUCCCUCAUCUGAAGCCGCCCUAAGCAGUUGCUCCUGCUCUGUGCCAAUGCCUGGAUCAGAAUGAGCAUCAUUUUGUGAUUUGGAGAAGGAAAGGUUGAGUGAAAUGGGAUUUAAGGCAAAUUCCUACAGACACGUGAGGGACAAAGCAUCCUCAGUAGCUGCCUGCAGCCAGCCCUGGCUGCUGACGCUUUUUCUGCUCUCUGAAGCACAAUUGUGUUGGACCAAAUCAAAUUAAGGGAAAA